CGGCUCAGCUGACUUAAGUGGUGCUGAACAACAUAGUGACGUCAUCAGGAGGCGACUCUCGCACUUCAUAGAGCCACAACAUUGUUGUGCAGCACAUAUACGGACGGUAGGACAGAGUAAAUCAUACUCUGAGCUUUUUGUAUGUCUCCAGUCACAUACCAGUCUGUUGAUCUGUUGACACCCGAGUACCGCCGCACACAUCUGUCCGUGCAGCAACAGACAGACAGACCUGGUGAUGAUGGCGGACUGUGUCGGCUUCCAAACGCAGAUCGCCUCGAUUAUAGAGAUACUGGCCAAUUCCGCGGUGGCGGAGAUUUGCAAACUGGUGGACGAUGGCUACGCGGCACUGCGCUCCCAGAUGGAGCAGGAGCGGGAGAAAAGCGAGAAGGAGAACGACGUCCUGCGGCAGAAGCUGCGAGACAUGGACGUGAAGAUGAGGAGUUAUGAGAGGAAGAUGAGGAGACGCAGUCAGCGGGAGGAGAUCACCGCCGUUCAGUUUAGGCCACUCGAAGGACCUAAUGGCCAUCAGCCAUUGAUGCCACCUCUUCCUGUUACCUCUGAAGACAAAUCCUUCCAUCAGAUUUCAAAGCUGCUUAUCACUGUAUCACAGCAGGAGGAAACCAAGGUGUUGCCUCUAGUAAAGCAGGAGAAAGUGGAGAGAGAUGAUUGCAACCUGGACCUCAAGGUGGAGGUCAACAUCAUGGCAGAGUGUGGCCUGUCUACUGCCCUGGAGCCGAGUGAAGAGGCCCCCCCCAGUGAUGUUCUUGACACCAGUGUUACCAACAUCACAUCCUCCACCAUCCACCCCUCCUCCUCCCCCACUGACACCACAAUGGACCUGACCUGCAGGCCUCGAGCGAAACGUAAAGCAAACAAGCCUCUGGGCAACAGUUUGACGCUCAGCAGUGGGAGCGUCCCGGCCCCUGAGUCCGCUGGCAGGGAACUUGGAGGGAGCGUAACAGGUGGUGCUCUGAAGCCAGAGAUCCAUACAGAUGAUACUACAGAAGAAGAACUUCAUCCCUCUCAGUUGUCGGCCCCUGUAGCAUCAGAUGAGCCCAGCCCCGACCGCCUAAACAGCCUGGGCCUGGACCUGGCCUGGAUGCAGGAGAGGGUCAGCCAUCUUGGUGCAGCGUAUGCAGUAGCACAGCUGGGUUUGGGGAACACAGAAACUGGACACCCCUCUGCCUCCUUCCCCUCACAGGGAGGAGGAGACAGUUUAGAUGGCCCUCCAACCAUGCUCUUUACAGGUGGAGCUCAUGAAAUCGCUGCUUUCGCUGCAUCCUUUGACAUGGCUGCUGCCGCAGCCGCUGCUGCUGCUGUUGUAGCUGCACCACCUCCACCGCCUCCUCCACCCCCUCCCCCUACAGCUCCUUCUGCCAUCACGACCAGCCAAAGGAGGCCUUACAGGAGCGGCACUGCUGCUGCUGCUAAAGAUCCUGUGGUGUGUGCUGUGUGUGGCCGUGUCUUCCCCAGCGCAGCUGCCCUGGAGCUGCACCAGCGGGUGCACACAGGGGAGAGACCCUACACCUGCCCCCACUGUGGAAAAGGCUUCGCCCAGCCCAACAACCUGCGAGUACAUUUACUCAUCCACACCGGGGAGAGGCGUUAUCGAUGCACACUGUGUGGGAAGAGUUUCAUUUCGUCCAGCCACCUGAAGAGGCACCGCACAGUCCACACGCAGGAGAAGCCCUACAGCUGCUCGCGCUGUGGACAGUCCUUCAGCCAGAUGUGUAGCGUUCGCAGACACCGUCAGCAGUCCCAGUGUGGCCUGUAGACUGACCACUGGAGGAGCUGAUCUGGAAGUGAUCCCCAUACAAUUUGGACUCGGAAGGGUGAAUCAUUGAAAACCCUUUAUAUGGCUUCCCUGUGAUGUCAUUACAUGUAGAGUUGAUAUUUGUCCUAGAUGUAAAUUCUGUUUUAAAGUGGAUUUCCCCAUUAGGCCCUUUCAACCAUUUCUUACCCUUUGUUUCAUACUGAGAGGAUUGCAGAGUGGAUUGUAAAAGAGUGCCUCAGACAGUGUUGAUAAAACUUCAUCAAUCCAUUUGUAAUGAAUGGUAUUGUUUGUGACAGACUAUCUGGUUUACAUAGCUAAAAAAGGCGCUGAUCCUGGAGCAGAGGGUCAUGUUUUAUCUUGGAUCAUUUUGACGGUGAUGGUAUUGUGUAGUGUCCACUCUCCAGCUGAUCAAACAGGAUGGACACAACCUUGUUCUGAGUACCCAACAGCUCUGUAGUAUUUAAGUAAUGAAUUGACUCUUAAAAUUGACUUACAAUAAAUUUAAAAUCAUUAGACCUUAAGCACCCAUUAUUGACCAAAAUCUAAUUUUGCCUUAUCCUACUCUGGUUUCACAUUUCCAGACACUUCCAGCCUCUGUUGUUUUUUUGUUUUGUUUUUUUGUUAGAGCUGCUGGCACCAUAGGAUUUCAUACUCACACUGCAAAGUGUCCAUGUUAAAGGAAACGUCCGCAGUGGCGAUCAAAGUUUUUUUUUUUCUUUUUUUGCAUGGGGAACCUGUUAGCUAAGUUAGCCUGGCUCAGUUAAAAUUGAAACAUAACACAUUCCGACAACUCCAAAGCUGCUUAUAUUUUAUGUUUCAACAUAUGUAGCAAUAAUGAAAUUGUGAUUUUAGGAGCUGGUAGCUGUUAGUGAGCAAUGACAUGACAGCACACAGUGUUGCUAAACUUCUGUCUUUUGUUAUUUAUGUGUUUAUUUUAUUUGUAAGAAACCAUUUACAAUAUGAAACAUAAAUAUUACAUUUGAUGUGUUGUGCAAGAGUUAGGUUAAUGCUCAUUUACAUCUGCAUAUGCACAGUGACAGAACAGUACUAAACUAACAUAACGAACAAAAUAACAUAAACAGAAUACAUAAUACAAAAUUGCACACACACAUGCACACAUUUCAGCAACAAGGGUAUGUUAGAGAAAAUUAAAAGCACAAAUAUUUCUUUGGUAAACAAAACAUAUAAAAUUAAGAGUCAGAGUGGAGUGACUUUUAGUAGAUUUUCCAGUUGGGCUUUUAAGCAUCUAAUAGAGCUAAAACUCCUCAUGUGAUCUGUUCGGAUGUUCCACUCAGUUGUGUCUGUCACAGAGAAUACUGACAAAUGAAGUGCGAUGAACAUUUAGAGCAUAAUCUGAUAUUCUUGAGUAUUUUAGAGUUCACUGAAUGAAAGUAAACAAUGUCACGUGAUGGAGAAGGGGCAAUCCCAUUUAAAUUUUUAUACACAAGACAUACAUUUGCAUAUGACGUGAAAUUCUCAAAGCUCAGAAGAUGAUGUUUUUCUGAUGAUGCUGCAGCUUUUCUUUAUCAUAUACAGUAAUAAAAUUCUUUGACAUUUAAUAGACCAAACAAUUAAUGAUUAAUUGGUUAACCAAAAGAUAAAUAAACAAGAAAUCAGCAGAAUAAUCAGUAAUGUAAAUAAUGAUUAGUUGCAGCCCUAAAUUAUACUGAAUUGGGUUUUUAUCCAGAAUUUUUAAGCUUUGUUUGUACAAGGACUCAAGUGGUUUAAUGAUUAAUGUUUGUUCAGCCUGACCCCAGAAUGUAACAAAACAGAACAUGCGAGAAGGGAUCAUGGCAUGUAGAAAUGUCUUGGCUGCAUCCAUAGAAAGACAUUUUCAAAUUAGUUUAAAUUUGCUAAGUUGUACUUAAUGGUUUUUACCAUUUUUUUUUACAUGUUUUUUUAAAAUGAAGAUUUGGAUCCAUCAUUACACCAAUAUUUUGAGGUUCAUAUUAAUCUUUUCACCCUUGAUGAGAAUGUUAACUAUAGGGGGCUGUAAGACUCUACUGUUUUUAAAUACAUGUAUACAACUGUGUCUUCUGCAUACAUUUUCACUUCUGACACUGUAGUGAAAGAUCAUUAGCAUAUAGGCUAAACAAGAGGGGACUCUGUAAGUGCUAUGUGAAGGCAACUGGACUUGCUUGAAGUUUUUGAAGACGUUUCGCCUCCAAAAGGCUUCUUCAGUUAAGAGGGGACCUAACUGAUCCUUGAGGUACACCCAUUGAGAACUUCAUGCUGCUGGACAGUGCAUCAUUAACUUUAACUUAAAAAAUUAUGAGAUAAAUAUGAUGACAUUCACACUGUUGCUUUAGUUGAAAACUUAGAGGGUUUGGAAAUGAGAACGUCAUGACUGACUAUGUCAAAUGCUUUACAGAAAUCUAAAAAUACAGCACCAACUCACCCUCUUUUAUCAAGCCCAGGUUGUAUUUGCUCUGUUAGCUGUAAGUUAGCUGCUUCAGUGGGACAGGGUUGCUAGUCCCCUAUUUUCAAUGAAUCCCAGCUUGAGAUGUAUUUGAAGCCAGCUUGCUAGCUAACAACUUUGGCACUGUUGGGAGUUGUUUUUUAAUGGAGCCAGCUAACAAGCCGACUUCUUCUGAAAACCCAUGGGCAAAAUUUGGAGGGAGUGCUGACAAACAGUUUGUUUCUCAUGAUGUAUUUAUAACAUGUAGUCCACUCUGUUACUCAUAUUGCCAAAGUAUCAUGAAUGAGUGGCCUUCUCAGAGCAGCCUGCUCUUGAAUGGUAAAUGUUGGCACUUUGUUGAAUAAAUCUUGUAAUGCAGGCCUGCACCUUCUCAUGUAUGAUUAUGUUCAUGAUUAUGAGUGUCACACUAACUAUCAGUAUACAGUAUGUAUUCACAUAGAGGGGAAGAUGUAAUGUGCUAUUGUCCAGAAGAUUGACCUUUAAGUUUGUUUCUCCAAUUCGGCAGUGAUACAAGAAUUUUUAAUUUUUUAGAUACAAAGCCCAUUUGAAGUAGACCUGCAAUGUUUCUCAAGUGUUCAAAGGUUGAAGCCUGAGGUGUAACCAUCUUUUAAUGUCAAUCAUUUUUUGCUCUCGAUGAAAUAUCAAAGAACAAAGGACUGUAAAAAGAUGUAAAGUAAAAUCAUAUAUAUCAGAGAGUCGUGUUUGUAUGUGUUGGUGUUUGAAUGUCAUUGGCACUAGCUGUAGCCUCCACAGCUAUAACAAAUAUUUUGUCUUUUAGUAUUCUUUUAUGACCUGUUCCAGUGUUUAAAAAUGUAUGGGUAUCAUUAAACAUGUAAAAGAUUUGCAUUGAACCUGACUGUGCUGUGGGCAUCAUUUCUUUGCUGUGA